UGUGGAUUUGGGGGUUGGCUGUCAUUCGUAAUAAACAUCUGAGAUAAGAGCUGCCCAGCCGACAGUGCCCCAUCUCAGGGUCGAGUCUCCCAAAAUGGCCGGCAAUCGCGAUUGCGCUAUGGAGCAGCUGAAGCAUUGGCAGGAGCAGCGAGGCUCGCAGAAACCUGAUUCCUUAACCACAGGAGCGGGAAUCCCAGUAGGAAAUAAGCUGGAUAUCAUGACCAUUGGUCCAAGAGGCCCACUCUUGGUUCAGGAUGUGAUUUUCACUGAUGAGAUGGCACACUUUGACCGAGAAAGGAUUCCUGAGAGAGUUGUGCAUGCCAAAGGAGCCGGAGCAUUUGGCUAUUUUGAAGUGACUCAUGAUAUCACCAAAUACUGCAAAGCAAAGAUAUUUGAGCACAUUGGCAAAAGAACUCCAAUGGCUAUUCGAUUUUCAACUGUUGCUGGAGAAUCAGGCUCAGCUGAUACAGUGCGUGACCCUCGAGGCUUUGCAAUGAAAUUCUAUACUGAAGAUGGAAAUUGGGAUCUUGUAGGGAACAACACUCCCAUCUUCUUCAUUAGAGAUGCAAUGCUGUUUCCAUCUUUUAUCCAUACCCAAAAGAGGAAUCCACAGACACAUCUGAAAGAUCCAGACAUGGUAUGGGAUUUCUGGAGUCUUCGUCGUGAGUCUCUGCACCAGGUAUCAUUCAUGUUCAGUGAUCGUGGCAUUCCCGAUGGGCACCGUCACAUGAAUGGCUAUGGGUCACAUACUUUUAAGCUAGUGAAUGCUUGUGGCAAUGCAAUAUACUGCAAAUUUCAUGUAAAGACUGAUCAAGGAAUUAAAAACCUUCCUGUCAAAGAAGCAGAAAGACUGGCUUCUGAAGAUCCUGACUAUAGCCUGCGUGAUCUUUACAAUGCGAUUGCCAGUGGAAACUUCCCCUCUUGGACUUUCUAUAUUCAGGUUAUGACAUUUGAACAAGCCGAGAGAUUUCCAUUUAAUCCUUUUGAUGUAACAAAGGUUUGGCCUCACAAAGAUUAUCCACUAAUUCCUGUGGGAAAAGUUACCUUAAACCGAAAUCCCAUCAAUUAUUUUGCCGAAGUGGAACAAAUGGCCUUUGACCCAAGCAACAUGCCUCCAGGAAUUGAACCUAGCCCUGAUAAAAUGUUACAGGGUCGUCUUUUCUCAUAUCCGGAUACCCACAGACACCGCCUGGGACCCAACUACCUUCAAAUUCCUGUAAAUUGUCCAUACCGAGCUAGAGUGGCCAACUAUCAGAGAGAUGGGUUUAUGUGCAUAUCUGAUAACCAGGGUGGUGCCCCAAACUAUUACCCAAAUAGUUUUAGUGGCCCUGAAGAGCAGCCCACUUUGAAGGAGAGCCGUAUGUCUACUUCAGGCGAUGUACAACGCUUUAAUAGUUCAGUUGAGGAUAACGUCUCGCAAGUACGAGACUUCUUUGUCAAAGUACUGAAUGAGGAAGAGCGCAAGAGACUUUGUGAGAACAUUGCUAACCAUCUUAAGGAUGCUCAGCUCUUCAUUCAGAAGAAAGCCGUGAAAAACUUUAUGGAUGUUCAUCCUGAUUAUGGUGCAGGCGUUCAAGCCCACCUGGAUAGACACAAUGCUAAAGGAAAAACAAAGGAUCAUAUUCAUACUUACACACAAACUUCAUUUACUGGAAAGGAGAAAUCUCAUUUGUAAAUGGCAUAGUCUGUGAUGACCAGUCACUUUGGACAUCUUUAUCUGAAAUCCUUCCAACUGGAAAAUGAGCUAUGAAAGGCUUUACAUGUAAUGGAAUUGCCCUCUAUGCUGUUAACUGCAAUACAAAACCAAGUAUGAUUCUGAUUUUAGAAACAAAUUGAUUUAAACAUAUAGAUUAUUAAUGCUGAAUCUAUCCUGACAAUACCUUUGAAAUGUUAUGUCGGAAAUACAUUAGUAUAACAACUUUGUAUUUAAUUUUGCUUAUUAACAUGUUUUGUUCUUGUAAUUGGUCUUGCAUUCAUUUACCAAAAGAACAUACGUUGCUGUGUUUGAUACCUUUUAUUGGCAAUGCUGGCAUUAGUAUUAUAACAAAUAAUUUUCAAAUGGAUAUUAACAAUUAAAGAGCAGAUUUUAAGAAAUAUACAUGUACGCAAAUCUUUUUAACAGCAAAUCUCCACAUUGUACAUUUAAAAACUAUUAUAAAGUACUUGAGGGAGAAUUACGUUUAAAUGCAAAACUUAACCUGCGCUAUGAAAGCUUUAUAUAUAAUGAUACUAUGUUCUAAGCUGUUAGCUGCAAUACAAAAACAUUCAAAUUUGAAGAUGCUUUAAAAAGAAACUAUAUAGUUUCAUGCUGAAUCUGUAAUGACAGUAACUCUGAAAUGGCAUGUCUGAGGUAUUAGUGUAACAAUUUUGUGUUUGUUUUUGCAUAUUAAUCAAAACAUUUGUAUUCUGGUAACAAAUCUCACAUUUAUUCACCAAAAGAAUUAUGUAAUGACUUAUAUCUUUUAUUGGCAAUGCUGAUUUGUUAGUAUUAUAACAAAUCAUUUUCAAAUAGAUAUUAACAAUUAAAGAGCAGAUUUUAAGAAAUAUACAUGUACGCAAAUCUUUUUAACAGCAAAUCUCCACAUUGUACAUUUAAAAACUAUUAUAAAGUACUUGAGGGAGAAUUACGUUUAAAUGCAAAACUUAACCUGCGCUAUGAAAGCUUUAUAUAUAAUGAUACUAUGUUCUAAGCUGUUAGCUGCAAUACAAAAACAUUCAAAUUUGAAGAUGCUUUAAAAAGAAACUAUAUAGUUUCAUGCUGAAUCUGUAAUGACAGUAACUCUGAAAUGGCAUGUCUGAGGUAUUAGUGUAACAAUUUUGUGUUUGUUUUUGCAUAUUAAUCAAAACAUUUGUAUUCUGGUAACAAAUCUCACAUUUAUUCACCAAAAGAAUUAUGUAAUGACUUAUAUCUUUUAUUGGCAAUGCUGAUUUGUUAGUAUUAUAACAAAUCAUUUUCAAAUAGAUAUUAACAAUUAAAGAGCAGAUUUUAAGAAAUAUACAUGUACGCAAAUCUUUUUAACAGCAAAUCUCCACAUUGUACAUUUAAAAACUAUUAUAAAGUACUUGAGGGAGAAUUACGUUUAAAUGCAAAACUUAACCUGCGCUAUGAAAGCUUUAUAUAUAAUGAUACUAUGUUCUAAGCUGUUAGCUGCAAUACAAAAACAUUCAAAUUUGAAGAUGCUUUAAAAAGAAACUAUAUAGUUUCAUGCUGAAUCUGUAAUGACAGUAACUCUGAAAUGGCAUGUCUGAGGUAUUAGUGUAACAAUUUUGUGUUUGUUUUUGCAUAUUAAUCAAAACAUUUGUAUUCUGGUAACAAAUCUCACAUUUAUUCACCAAAAGAAUUAUGUAAUGACUUAUAUCUUUUAUUGGCAAUGCUGAUUUGUUAGUAUUAUAACAAAUCAUUUUCAAAUAGAUAUUAACAAUUAAAGAGCAAAUUUUAAGAAAUAUACAUGUAUGCAAAUCUUUUUAACAGCAAAUCUCCACAUUGUACAUUUAAAAACUAUUAUAAAGUACUUGUGGGAGAAUUAUGUUUAAAUGCAAAACUUUAACCUGUGCUAUGAAAGCCUUAUAUAUAAUGAUAUUAUGUUCUAAGUUGCAAUAUAAAAACAUUCAAAUUUGAAAAUCCUUUAAAAAGAAACUAUGUAGAUUAUUCAUGCUGAAUCUGUAAUGACAAUAACUCUGAAAUGGCAUGUCUGAGGUAUUAGUGUAACAAUUUUGUGGGGGGUUUUGCAUAUUAAAACAUGAUUUGUAUUCUGGUAACAAAUCUCACAUUUAUUCACCACAAGAAUAUGACUUAAUCUUUUAUUGGCAAUGCUGAUAUUUGUACUGUAACAAGUAAAUGAAAUCCUUAUUAAAUAGAUACUAACAAUUAGAGCAAUUGUAAAGAAAUAGGCUUUAUAUAUGAAUCUUUUUAACAGAAAGCCUCCAUUCAUAUAGUAUACUUUAGAAUUAUUAAAAUUCUUGAGGGAUGAUGUUAAGUGUAAUUUUUACUUCUUCUUGGGCUAAUUGUUUCUUUUGCUGGUUCAGGAUGGAUUACAACAGCAGACUUUUGAAACAAAAAAAAAUUGGAACAUUUUUACAAUGCUUAUUCUACAAUAAAAUUCUCAUAAAAAGUC